AUGAAGACGGGAAUUUCGAGCUCAAUAUUCAUUAUUGUUGCGAUUGUUUUGGUAAAUUGUCAAAUAUAUCCCGACGUAAUAGCUCAGUGGAACAGAACGGGACCAAUAAUAAUAAAGCACGGCUGCCCAAUGACUGCGAGGACAGAAGAGUUGGUGGCAAGUUAUUACGACUGCAUUUAUUAUUGCAAAAACGGCACUGGCCACUGGAUGUAUGGAUUUUAUAUUCCCGGGACGAAUUGCAGUUACGGCCCCGAGAAACGUCCAGGUUCCUGCUUUGGCGGCAAUUGUUACCUGAUUACCGAUACAAUCACCGAAGCCACACUCCCGGAUAUUACACAAAGACCGCAAGUCGAAAAUGGAACCACUUCCACACCACCAGUGGAAAAUGAUAUCGAUUCCACUCCACCAAUAAAAAAUGAAACCUCUCCCACACCACCAGUGGAAAAUGAUAUCGAUUCCACUCCACCAAUAAAAAAUGAAACCAUUCCCACAGAGCCAACGAAAAACGAAACCGCUCCCACAGAGCCAAUAUGA